GUCUGCAGUCGCAUCAGAUUUUCACUAAACUUACAUUAAGCUUAUCAAAAAAAAAAAAAAUAACUUCCGCACCGUUGUAAACAUUUAAUCUGGAAAAAAUGAAGUUUCAUCGUUUCGCUGUUUGAGUGAUAAUUGUUGUUCCUGUUAAAGAUUGCGUGGAAGUUUACGCUGCGCGUACCGGUUUCCACUUCGAAAAUUGAAAGGUGGUGGGUUUUGCUAUCAUAGAAUCCGAUGUAUUCGGAAAGAUUCAAUGAUGAAUUCUGAAGCGUGAAUAAUCGUGGUAUCCAAUAUGCACUAGUGACCCUCUUGAACUUGAGACAGUUUCAUACAGUGUUAGAGGCCAUCAGCGCGUCCCGUCUGAUACCAAAGAAUUCCACGAGGUCACAAAACGUGAUGCUCUACGUCAACUCGAGAAGGAACUCGACAAUCUACUACAAACGGCUCCUGAAGAAAAGAAGGCAUUUCUUCAAAAUGAAAUGAAACGUUUUACACAACUUUUUGAAAGAUUUUUGCAAGAAGAUGGACCUAUCGAAUGGGAUAAAAUUGAGAAAUUGCCAUUAGAAGCAGUUGAAGACUACUCGAAGCUUAGUGCCCCCAAAAAUGAUCAGAUUCGGGAAAUGCUGGACAAAUUGGUUGUUAUAAAACUCAAUGGUGGCUUAGGAACGUCAAUGGGUUGCCAUGGUCCAAAAAGUGUGAUUCCUGUUAGGUCAGACCUAACAUUUUUGGAUUUGACUGUGCAGCAGAUUGAGCAUCUGAAUAAAACUUAUGAUGCGAAUGUGCCAUUAAUCUUGAUGAAUUCAUUCAACACCGAUGAAGAUACAGAAAAAAUAAUCAGAAAAUACAAGGGCUUCCGCGUUCAAAUCUAUACUUUCAAUCAAAGCUGCUUCCCACGAAUCAGUCGGGAGUCGUUUCUUCCAGUUGCUAGAGACUUUGAUGUAGAAAAUGACAUGGAAGCAUGGUAUCCACCCGGUCACGGUGACUUUUACGAAUCUUUUCAAAAUUCAGGCUUGCUAAAAAAGUUUCUGGAUGAAGGCCGUGAAUAUUGUUUCUUAUCAAAUAUUGACAAUUUAGGAGCUACAGUUGAUCUGAAUAUCCUAAACAAACUUGUUGGCCAUGAAAGACCCGUAAAACCUAUAGAAUUCGUCAUGGAAGUAACCGACAAAACUAGAGCUGACGUUAAGGGUGGUACUCUUAUUCAAUAUGAAAACAAACUCAGACUAUUGGAAAUUGCACAGGUACCUAAGGAGCACGUAGACGAUUUCAAAUCUGUGAAAACCUUUAAAUUUUUCAACACAAACAAUAUUUGGGCCAAGCUUGAUGCGAUUGAUCGUGUGCUGAAGGAUAAGGCAUUGAGUAUGGAAAUCAUCAUUAACAACAAAACAUUAGAAAAUGGAUUACGCGUUGUCCAACUUGAAACAGCCGUGGGCGCCGCUAUGAAGUUCUUCGAUGGAAGUCUUGGCAUCAACGUCCCACGCUCCCGAUUCUUGCCCGUCAAGAAAACUUCUGAUCUGCUGUUAGUCAUGUCGAACUUGUACAGCUUGAAGAGUGGAAGUCUGGUGAUGUCGCCGGAAAGAAUGUUCGAGACAACUCCUCUAGUCAAACUAGGUGAAAACCACUUCGCCAAAGUCAAAGAGUUCUUGGGACGAUUUGCUAACAUCCCAGAUCUCAUUGAACUCGACCACUUGACCGUGUCAGGAGAUGUCACAUUCGGACGCGGCGUUUCUUUGAGAGGAACAGUUAUCAUCAUAGCUAACCAUGGAGACCGUAUUGAUAUUCCUGCUGGAGCCAUUCUGGAAAAUAAAAUUGUUUCGGGCAAUAUGCGUAUAUUGGACCACUAAGGAUGUCAAAACGUCUCAGGGCACUCGUUCAUAAUGCGCAAAACUCUUUCUAGCUUAAGUUUUAAAGUUCCCGAAUCAUCUCCUUUGGGCGUCCUUGUAUUCUGAAAGCUUGUUGUAGAUUGUAGUAGUUUGUUACAUUCAUACAUAUUGUUGAAAGCUCCACAAAAUAGGAGUCACAUAAUUUUAGAGCUCACUGUAUAGUUACGGGGAAGUAAGAUCCUUUAUUAGUUUGUGCAAUAAAAUUUCUGACUGAUGAUUUAUAA